AUGGACUCACCACCGAUGCAUUCCACACGACCCUGGACACCGCCCGAGACCGAGGCGCACGGGAGCCCCGAGUCUGCCUACUUCUCCGACCCUUUCAGACGGCCCUCGAGCUGCGCAUCCGACAUGGACCACCGCUGGCCGCUUCUACAGCCUCGGCCAGGCACCCCUGCGCGAAAGAGCAAACGCUGCGACACACCAAACGAGCCGCUCAGCGUAUCCAGACCCAAGCCUGUCCAUACAGUCACCGAGCCUGCGCCGUACACGCCUACCAAGACCUCCAGCCUGCUACAACACCAUGCGCCAGAGGCGUUGCGCUAUCCUUACACUCCCGAGAGCUCGCGCAUAUUGCGCGCAAACACAGUCGGCUCGCUGUCGCCCAUACCAUGGGACACCGACUCGCACUACUCGGCGUCGCCUGUGCAGAAUGCCUUGUCGUCGUGUAUUGCGCACUUUGAGAACCUCACCUCGACGCGUGAGCUUACCGACGACCAGAUGGAGUACAUUGUUGGGCUGUUUGAGAACAUGACAUCGUACCUCGCCGCGCCAGAUGCGCAGACAAAAGAGAGCACCGAAGACUUGUUCUCCGGUGCAGACUCGCCGCGUCCCAAGAGCCCUGGUCUCCAAGCUAUGUCUGCGGAGCCUGAGAGUAGUUACAUGGCCGAGGUGGGCAGGUACAUUGAAGGUGUCCAGAUUUACACGGCCGAUCUGAAGAGGCGCUUCGACGAAGCCAAAGCCUUGAACGAGAUCCAGCUCGCCAUCAUCGACAAUCUGCGGAAAGACAUGCGCGCAAUACAGCAGAACAUGCAGCACCCAAGUCCUCGAAAGCAGAGGAGAGCGAGCAGUCCAGGCCGGAAAGAUGUCGCCAGUAGCUGGCAGUCCAUCGAAACUGCAGUAGCAGACUCUGAAGAUGAAGACGACUUCAAAACCACUGGGUCUAAAUCGACCAUGGUCGAGUCUUCCACGCAGACCGACGAGUAUAGACGAUUCAUCGUUGCUCGCAAGCCUGUACAAACUGUACAAGGAGGGUUUUGGACUGCCCUCUACGAAGCACUCGAUGUCUUUGGAGACGAUCUGCACGAACGUUGA